AUGGACUUGGAGAACCUCUACGGGUAUACCACUGGUAAACUCCAUGCCAACCAGCCCAGGCAAUUCCACUACAUUGUUUCAUCAGAGGUAUGGGUACGAAAUUCCUGGGUGCCAACCUGCCUAUGGCAACCUAGAAUUCUCCAGGGCAGGCUCGCAAAAUCUUCACCUACUCUCUGGGACAGUACUUUGCAAGAACAGAAGGGGGAAUUACGAAAGCGUCUAUCAUACACUACCCAUAAGCUGGAAAUGCUUGAAACGGAAUUUGAUUCUACACGUCAGUAUCUUGAAAUAGAAUUGAGACGUGCUCAGGAGGAACUUGAAAAAGUAACUGAAAAACUGAGAAGGCAGAUGAUUACUCCCCUGAAGACAUAUCAUAUUGGAAGCACAAAAUAUUUUAUGAGGAUACAAAACAAUUACCUAGCCUUACAAAGAAUUAAUCAGGAUCUGGAGGAUAAACUUUAUAGAAUGGGUCAACAUUACGAAGAGGAAAAACGGGCAUUGAGCCAUGAAAUAAUUGCACUCAAUAAUCACUUAAUAGAGGCCAAGGUGACAAUAGAUAAGUUGUCAGAAGACAAUGAGCUCUAUAGGAAGGACUGCAAUUUAGCUGCUCAGUUGCUCCAGUGCAGCAAGAAUUACGACAGGGCACAUAAGCUUUCUGAGUUGCCAUCUGACUUUCAGGAAAGAGUCAGCAUCCAUCUGGAAAAACACGGGUGCAGCCUUUCUGUCCCCUUGUGCCACACAUCUUACGCUGAUACCAUACCCACUUGCGUCAUUGCCAAAGUACUGGAAAAACCAGAUCCAAACAGCUUGUCUUCACACUUGUCAAGCCCAUCGACAAGGGAUCUCAAUUUUCAGGACUCGUCUGGAAAACUUGGACAAAGGCCCCAGUACAAGUCAGACAUCUACUGCAGCGACACCGCCCUUUACUGCCCUGAGGAGAGGAGGAGGGAGAGGAGGCAGAGUGUGGACACACAAGUGAAAGACGUGGGGUUCCUGCGGUCCCAGAACUCCACCGACAGCACUGUCGAAGAAGACGGUUUCCAUUCCAGCUUCUCUCAUGAAGCCUUCCCAGAGUACAUUACCUCUCUGCCGACCUCCAGCUCCUAUUCCAGCUUCAGCGUCACAUCCGAGGAGAAGGAGAACGCCCAAGCCAACACUCUGACAGCCUCUCAGCAAGCGAUCUACAUGAGCAACCGAGAUGAACUCUUUGAAAGAAAGUCACCUGCUGGUUACGAACAUCAGGGAAGUCCUAGGUUUGCCAAGUCCAAACCUGCGCAGCACAUGGAGCUUGCCGAUGACAACGAGAACUCACCCACUUUUACUAGGUCUCUGCCUCCUUAUGCAAACGAACCUUUUCAUUUCUCAGCCAUAGCACCCCAGCAGGCUUUAGCAAAUCAGAAAAUGAGGAACGAGUGCAGGAGCACCCACCUUUCAGAAGAAGACUUGCCUGGGCGAUGGAGGCAAUUGAGCGUGGAGGACAUUGGUGCAUACUCUUACAGGAACACUGGCAGGUUGUCGCCCUGUAGUUUUUCAGAGCAGUACUACAGCAGCCCUAUUAAGAAGGGAGACAGUCGAACAAGCCCCAUCUACGCUAGUUACAAAGCAGAUAGCUGCUCAGAGGGAGACGAUAUCUGCCAAAGCAGACUUGUGGAUUCUUGCUUCCUGAGAACAGACAGUGGCCUGAAUAUAGACAUCAGCACGAGCUGUAAACAGGACAAAUUGCCCACUUACAAAACAAAAGAACCAAGAGACCAAAAAAAUGAAAGGAUCACUGUCCAGUUAUGCAGUAGCAAAAACAUCGAAAAUAGCCCAGUAUUAAAAAGAGAAUAUGUGGACGUGAGCCCCAACAGCUCAGCAGAGUCCCUCAAUCAGAGUUCAGCGGAGGCUUCAGAAAUCCACCAGUCUUCCAUGGAGCAAGGAAGCCAUUCGGGUGUUCACAGCAAACAGCAGCAGUUUCAACGGACUGGGAGUACUGGUUUGAGUCGGAAGGACAGCCUUACAAAAGCACAAUUAUAUGGAACCCUUCUGAACUAG